UGGGUUGCAGUCAGAAUGGGUGCUUUGGCAAAGAUUUUGACGCUUUGUUGCGUCUUGGGGUUAACACUACCCCAGACAUUGGCUGAAAAGGAUUGGUGGCGCACAGCCCAACUCUAUCAGAUCUAUCCCAGAUCCUUUAAAGACAGCGAUGGCGAUGGCGUUGGUGAUCUCAAUGGCGUUACGCAACAGUUGGCUUAUCUAAAGGAAAUUGGUAUCACUGCCACCUGGCUUUCACCCAUUUUCACCUCACCCAUGGCUGACUUUGGCUAUGAUGUGGCCAAUUUGACAGAAAUCGAUCCACUUUUUGGCACCAUGGAAGAUUUUGAUGCUUUGGUGGCGCGUGCCAAGCAAUUGGAUAUCAAAAUCAUUUUGGACUUUGUGCCUAAUCACACUAGUGAUGAGUGUGAUUGGUUUAUCCGUUCGGCAGCAGGUGAAGAGGAGUACAAAGAUUUUUAUGUAUGGCACACCGGCAAGGUUGUCAAUGGAAUUAGACAGCCACCUACCAGUUGGAUCAGUGUAUUCCGUGGAGCUACUUGGACCUGGCAUGAGGGUCGUCAGGCCUACUAUUUGCAUCAGUUCCUGCCCAAGCAACCGGACUUGAACUACCGCAAUCCAAAAGUCGUGGAAGCCAUGAAAGAUGUGUUGCGAUUCUGGCUACGUAAGGGUGCCUCUGGCUUCCGCAUUGAUGCUGUGCCCCAUGUCUUUGAAGUGGCCGCCGAUGAAGAUGGCAACUGGCCAGAUGAGCCCCGCAAUGAGGGUGUCGAUGACCCAGAGGACUAUGAGUACUUCCAACAUAUCUACACAACAAACCAACCGGAAACAAUUGAUCUGGUCUACCAGUUCCGUAAGGUUAUUGAAGAAAUCGAUGAGGAAUUGGGCGGUGAUGAUCGCAUUCUUCUCUCUGAGGCCUACGCUCCUCUGGAUAUAUUGAUGCAAUACUACGGCAAUAGCACUCACAAUGGAUCUCACGUUCCCUUCAACUUUGAACUGUUGGCUAACAUUGACUUCGAUUCGGAUGCCUAUCAUUAUGCGCAGCUGAUCCACAAUUGGUUGGACAAUUUGCCCGAGGGGCAAGUAGCCAACUGGGUGCUGGGUAACCACGAUCGUAGUCGCAUUGGCUCUCGUCUCGGCGCCGAUCGUAUUGAUGCCACAAACAUGCUUAUUCUGGGUCUACCCGGCAUUGCUGUUAACUAUCAGGGUGAGGAAAUUGGCAUGACUGAUGUCUUUAUCAGCUGGUCUGACACAGUAGACCCUCAAGCUUGUCAAUCAAAUGAGCAAGAAUUCGAGCGUCUCACUCGUGAUCCAGUGCGCACACCCUUCCAAUGGAGCGAUGAACAGAGCGGUGGCUUCUCAGACAGUGCCACAACUUGGUUGCCUCUUGCCGAUGACUAUAAACUGGUGAACGUAAAGAGGGAACGUGGCAUUCCUCUCAGUCAUUUGAAUAUCCACAAGCAGCUGAGAGCUCUGCGAGAUGAGCCAACUUACAAGCAGGGAGAUGUUACCAUCCAGGCCAUCGGUCCCAAUGUAUUGGCCUUUAAACGUUCUCUGGCUGGCCAAAAGUCAUACAUCACGGUUAUUAAUCUCAACGAUGAUGUGGAAUCUGUGAAUCUGGACACCAUUUUCACCUCCAUCUCCAGCCAAUUGCAGUAUGUUGUUGUUAAUGACAAGAGUGUACGCCGAAAGAACGAUCUGACAUAUGCCAACUCUGUGCUGUUGAUGCCCAAGGAAGCUGUCGUCCUUAGCACUGUUUAAUGUUUAAGAAAUUUGAAAUAUCCGAUUAAAAUUAAAUUAAAACUCAACCUUGGAAUUAUAGGAAGAAGAAAUAA